UUGAUUUGUUUAUCGUUCCGUGUUUGCAUGGCACGUUUGACAAUUUCCUAAGUUAGGAAUGGUGUAAAUUCUUUGCAUUUUCUCGAGCUCAGAAUAUGAUUAAAGCAAUUUUAGUAUUUAAUAACCAUGGGAAGCCUAGACUCACUAAGUUCUAUCAAUUUUAUCCUGAAGAUAUGCAACAGCAGAUAAUCCGAGAAACUUUUCAGUUAGUGAGCAAAAGAGAUGAUAAUGUAUGCAAUUUUCUUGAAGGUGGUAGUCUAAUAGGGGGCUCGGAUUACAAGUUAAUCUACCGACAUUAUGCAACCUUGUAUUUUGUUUUCUGUGUAGAUUCAUCUGAAAGUGAACUUGGAAUAUUAGAUUUAAUUCAGGUCUUUGUAGAAACACUGGAUAAGUGCUUUGAAAAUGUGUGCGAGUUAGAUUUAAUUUUCCAUGUUGACAAGGUGCACUAUAUACUAAACGAGCUGGUGAUGGGUGGCAUGGUCUUGGAAACCAAUAUGUCUGAAAUUAUUUCUCGAAUCGAGGAGCAAAAUAAGCUGGAGAAGCAAGAGGCUGGACUUUCUGCUGCUCCAGCGAGAGCUGUUUCGGCUGUGAAAAAUAUGAAUAUUCCUCAACAGAUUAAAGAUAUGAAAUUACCUGAUCUUCCUUCCAUCAGCACUUUAAAGUUCUGAAAUAGCUGUCCAUCUCAUUUCUAUUCUUUGUCAUUGUGAUCAAAGUGAUUUGUCUUAUCCUUCUAAAAAUGACAUUUUCCUUUUUUUAAUAUAGCUUAACAAAAUAUUUAUCAUUUUUUGCUUUUUGUUUUGAAUGAGUUUGUAUUCCAAUCUUUUCUUUCUUUUUUUCCACUUUUUAGUAUAUAUGCAUGACAUUAAUUCUGAUAAAUUGUAGGUAAAUAAUUUUGAUGUUUGUUAAUUUUAAUCCACUGCUAAGAAUUUUACAUACUUAAAAAAAAAUGUACCAUUUUUAAAAAGGCUUAUAUUUUAUGAAAUGUGCUCUUUGAAACCGCUUUACCUCCCUUAAAAAUUAAUAUCUAAUAAUUUACUAAAUUGUAGUUAUUUCAAAAAAGAUUAUCAUAAAUGAUAUUUUAAUUUUUUAAUAUGAAAUUUUUGAAGGUGAUUAAUUUUUAUUCCAUAUUAUUUUCAGUGACAAAUUUUGCUCAUGAGAAUGUUUUUUUUUUUUUUUAAUUUAUUUUGUAACGUGCUUGAGUUUACUUUUGUUGGGAAAUAUAUUAUUCAGAUGAUUAAAAUUAGUAAUAUAGUUUGUUUCUGAUUAAUAAUUAUUUCUUAUAUGUUUAUAUAUAUAUUUUACUUCUUAAUAUUUCUUUGAACCUUAAAAUUUUAUAUUCAUUGAUGGAAUAUAGAGCAUAAAUGUUUCCUUGUUUGAAAAAAAAGCACAAUUUCAUACAUAUAUAUUUAGUACCACACUGCUUUAAAAUUUCUCUAGAAUUUUCUAAUCUUUAAAAAUAUAUUGUUCAUAAUAUCUUUAUAUCUGUUACAUUUAUUUUUAAAUCAUUAGUUCUGUAUCAUAUUUUAGUGUAAAUAAGCAUAUUUAUCUUUUUGAAAAGUUGAUUCCCAAUGUUUAGUUCCUUAAUAUUAUGGCUGUUCUUUUUUAUUAUAAUAAUUUAUUUGAUUAAUCAGUUCACAAUACUUGGCCAUGACUUAUUUACAUGACAUGCAUUUAUUAACGUUUCUUAGUUAUAGUACAUUCUGAAUUUUUGUUUUGUGAAAUUUUGAAAAUAAGCAUUCAUUUGUGUCUUAUAAAUGCAAUAAGUUCAGAUAACUUUCUUUCUUUAUUAAUAUGUAGUUUUAACCGGAACCAUACUGAGUUCACAAUUUUCAGUUUUGAAUUAUAUUAUUGGUAUCAUUUCUUUGGAACAGAAAAUAUUUGAAAUCCAAUCCAAGAUGCAAGUUUCCUAAAAACAUUUUGCACCAAAGGUUGAAAUACUAGGCUAACAUAAAUUCACAAAAUUAAUUAGAGAACACUUUGGUGAAACAAAAAGUCAGACAUCACAUUAAAAAUAUGUUUAAAAAAAGUCAAUAUGUAUAUAAAUAUAUAAAUUAGAAUCAAAAUGUAACUUUUCGUUUUCAUGAACAGUAGAAUGUUUGGAUUUAGUUCAGAUCUGAUGUAAGGCUGUGAGAUAUAUGCAAUUUUUUUUUUUUUUAUCUCCUCUCAAGAGGGAUAUAAAUAUGGUUUUCAUUAUAAAUAUGAAUCAUGUUUCUAGAAACAUUUUACUAGUUAAUUUUUUUGUAUAUUCAUUUGUUCUGAAAAUUUAUCUUUAUUCCUUAAUAAGAGCUUAGUUAAUAAUUUAUUUCUGAUUUAUGAUUUCUUUAUUAUAAAAGUAUUUUGUUUUUAUGUAUAAUUUCAUUUUUUUGUUAGAUAGCUUAAUAAAUUUUUUUUGCAUUAUAUUGUUGUAAUUUAUUUUAAUAACAAUCCAUUUGUUUUAAAGAAAUUUACGAUCAAAAUUUGUACAGUACCUAAGGUUAAUAAAUAAUUGAAUUUAAAAACUUUGUUUUGCAACCGUUUGAGGGGCUGAACCAACUUUUCCCAUUUUUUAGGUUCAUUUCAAAAGCAAAUAAUUUGUAUUUAUAUAUCUAAUUCUUUCAGUAUCCUAGAAUAAAAUAUAUUUAAAACAGUUUUAUUAGAUGAUUAAAUUUUUGAAUUUUGUUCUAAAAUCUGAACUAAUUGAUAUUCUAAAAAUCGCACUUUUACAAGGUAUGAUCUCUCAAAACAUAAAACCUCUUUUGGUAUUUAUUUAGUUGAAAGUUUAAUUUGCAUUUUGUGAGUAAAAUUGAGAGUUAUCAAAGGAAUGAAGGAAAAUAAGCACAAAGAACUAGUUAAUUUGCUUCCCUUUUUUUCCGUAAUUACAUGCAUGUUUUUUACAUCUUAAUAUUAUUAAACAGAAUUGAAUAUUUAUUUUUGACUGAUUGCUUCAAAAUUUGUUUAAAAUCAACAGUUUGGGAGAUACAUAUUGAAUUUAGUAUAUAUAUUUUGUGACGCUUAGAAUUAUUACAAUCACAUAUAUAAUAAUUGACAGAUUACCAGAUAUUUGCUAUUCUUUGGUAGAUUUGAUAUUUUAAUAAUAAAGCUGUGUGCCAAAUUUCAUCCAUAUAACUCGUGUCUUAGAGUUAUUGUGUUUACAUGCAUUCAGACAAGCAGAUUUCCAAUAGAUGAGUUUGCUUAAAACUUUAUACAAUUUUCAUGUAAAACUGUUUACCAAAUUUGAUCAAUUUAGUUGUUGAAGAAUGGUAUUCAUAUAUGGACAAGACAUAAUAAUGAUAAAAAAAAAAUGCUGUUUAAAUUAUAGUGAAACCUUGCUUAAUCCAUAACUAAUGAAAUACCCACUCUGAGCAGGGUGGUAAAAAGUUGGAAAAAGAUAUCUUGGGAACACACUCGAAUGUUGCCAUACUUCAAAAGGUAAUAAUCCGAAAUUUAGCUGAAGUUUUGAACAACAACAUGGCAAACAAAAUAUAUGCAAGUUUUAAGUUCAAAUGAAACAAUGCAGAUAAAUUAAAAUUAUUGCAUAUAUAAUAUGAAAUAUUUCCUCUUUAAAAUUUUUUAAAGGACUGUCAUCUUAAAUAAAAUAUGUUUAUAAUAGAUGUUUAAAUUUUCAAUAACAAAUAUAUAAUUUUUUGGAAAGUGUAAUUUUUUUGCAUAUAAUUUUACUUUCGCAUUUGCUCCUAUUGUAAAAACUAUCUAUAGAUACAAAAUAGUGCUUGUUCAUUCAUAUUUUUGAUUUUGUUCCCAAUAACCUUAAUUAUUUUUUUAUAAAAUAUGCCAAAUAAAAUUAUAUUAU